AUGACGGAAACCUACUUCUUCCACAGCGACUUCAUCGGCAAAGAAAUUCAUUUUGAUGAGGGUUAUGUCUCGACCUGGAUUCUCGAACGCAAGUUAGGUGAGAUGAACGACCAACUGACCGCGCUUAAGUACGUAGAGUUUCAGAAGGCUUCUGGAGCCUAUGGCACGUUCAUCUGCUCCCAAAGUGAUAACAGGAACAAUGUCGCGAUCAUCAAAAUCUUCCUACAGGUCCCCUAUCAAGGGUCUGAACAUGCCAUUCAUGCUGAAAGAGCCCGUCAAGCAACUCAAACGUUGCCUAUGGCUGGCCAAGAGCAACUGGAUGCACUGCGUAUCUUGACCGCCAAUCACUGCGUCUCGACCCCGACUCUUCUUUCCCAGAAGAUUGAACAACAGAGCCAGGAUUCCCCGCUUGUUCCCGGUGGUUUUGCCGUAUACCUUCUUAUUGAGCAUGCCCAGGGCAUACAGUUGACCGAGUCAAUCUUUUGGGCCUUCAAGCGACAGGAACGCGACAGAGUUCGCGAAGCAGUAAAAACCGCAUGGGAAAAGGCGGUUGCGGCGGGGAUUGCAAUCAACCCUGGAAUACUUGAGAACAUAUUCUACGACCCUAUGACCCAGAGCGCUAUCUUGACAGGAUUUGUGUGCAGCGAAAAAGUUGGCAAUUACCGUCGGACUUGGAACAACAAAUUGUGGGUGUCGUGGGAUCUAGUUGUUGAAGGCCCGGGUUUUCGUUUCAAGUUUUUCGAUGACUCCGAGCCUGACAUGUCCAACUGCAAGUUCUAA